AUGGCACCCACGCGGCGGGAGGAGAGGCUAGAGGCAGAGGGGGUGUCACGCAAACAGUCUCCGUAUUGCAACGCCAAGCUGGCCACACUAGUUCCGGGAGCUGUCUCUUCGCGGCGCACUGGAGGCGGCAGCGGCCGGAGGGAGACUUGCGGGGCGCGCCCGCCACCGUGGACCGGGACGUUUUCCCUAGGGGACCCUCCGUCGACACCCUACGCCGCGCCGUCCCGCAGGAGCCGGCGGGACCCCCGGCCGGCAGGGAGCGCCGGCGGCGGCGGCACCAUGAGGCGGCCGUGGGGCGCGCUGCUGCUUGGCGCUCUGCUCUGCGCACACGGCCUAGCCAGCAGCCCUGAGUGUGCUUGUGGUCGGAGCCACUUCACGUGUGCAGUGAGUGCCCUCGGCGAGUGUACCUGCAUCCCCGCCCAGUGGCAGUGUGAUGGAGACAACGACUGCGGGGACCACAGCGAUGAGGACGGAUGUAUGCUACCCACCUGCUCCCCUCUUGACUUUCACUGUGACAAUGGCAAGUGCAUCCGCCGCUCCUGGGUGUGUGACGGGGACAAUGACUGUGAGGACGACUCGGACGAGCAGGACUGUCCCCCGCGGGAGUGUGAGGAAGACGAGUUCCCCUGCCAGAACGGCUACUGCAUCCGGAGCCUGUGGCACUGCGAUGGUGACAACGACUGUGGUGACAACAGCGAUGAGCAGUGUGACAUGCGCAAGUGCUCCGACAAGGAAUUCCGCUGCAGUGAUGGAAGCUGUAUUGCUGAGCACUGGUACUGCGAUGGUGACACUGACUGCAAAGAUGGCUCUGACGAGGAGAGCUGUCCCUCGGCAGUGCCAGUGCCCCCCUGCAACCUGGAGGAGUUUCAGUGUGCCUACGGCCGCUGCAUCCUCGAUAUCUACCACUGCGAUGGUGAUGAUGACUGCGGAGACUGGUCGGACGAGUCUGACUGCUCCUCCCACCAGCCCUGCCGCUCUGGGGAGUUCAUGUGUGACAGUGGCCUGUGCAUAAACGCGGGCUGGCGCUGUGAUGGCGACGCGGACUGUGAUGACCAAUCUGAUGAGCGCAACUGCACCACCUCGAUAUGUACGGCAGAACAGUUCCGCUGUCGGUCAGGCCGCUGCGUCCGUCUGUCCUGGCGUUGUGAUGGGGAGGACGACUGUGCGGACAACAGCGAUGAAGAGAACUGUGAGAAUACAGGAAGCCCCCACUGUGCCUCGGACCAGUUCCUGUGUUGGAAUGGGCGCUGUAUCGGGCAGAGGAAGCUGUGCAAUGGGGUCAAUGACUGUGGGGACAGCAGCGACGAAAGCCCACAGCAGAGCUGCCGGCCCAGGACGGGUGAGGAGAACUGCAAUGUUAACAAUGGUGGCUGCACCCAGAAGUGCCAGAUGGUGCGGGGGGCAGUGCAGUGUACCUGCCACACAGGCUACCGGCUCAUCGAGGAUGGACGCACGUGCCAGGAUGUGAAUGAAUGUGCCGAGGAGGGGUACUGUAGCCAGGGCUGCACCAACAGCGAGGGGGCUUUCCAGUGCUGGUGCGAAGCAGGCUACGAACUCCGGCCUGACCGGCGCAGCUGCAAGGCUCUGGGGCCGGAGCCUGUGCUACUGUUCGCCAACCGCAUCGACAUCCGUCAGGUGCUGCCGCACCGCUCUGAGUACACACUGCUGCUCAACAACCUGGAGAAUGCCAUCGCCCUUGACUUCCACCACCGGCGUGAGCUUGUCUUCUGGUCCGAUGUCACCCUGGACCGGAUCCUCCGCGCCAACCUCAAUGGCAGCAAUGUGGAAGAGGUUGUGUCUACAGGGCUCGAGAGCCCAGGGGGCCUGGCUGUGGAUUGGGUCCAUGACAAACUCUACUGGACCGACUCAGGGACAUCAAGGAUUGAGGUGGCUAACCUGGACGGGGCCCACCGGAAGGUGCUUCUAUGGCAGAACCUUGAGAAGCCCAGGGCCAUUGCCUUGCACCCCAUGGAGGGUACCAUUUACUGGACAGACUGGGGCAACACCCCCCGCAUCGAGGCCUCCAGCAUGGAUGGCUCUGGACGCCGCAUCAUUGCCGAUACCCAUCUCUUCUGGCCCAACGGCCUCACCAUUGAUUAUGCCGGGCGUCGUAUGUACUGGGUGGAUGCUAAGCAUCACGUCAUCGAGAGGGCCAAUCUGGACGGGAGUCACCGCAAGGCUGUCAUUAGCCAGGGCCUCCCGCAUCCCUUUGCCAUCACCGUGUUUGAAGAUAGCCUGUACUGGACAGACUGGCACACCAAGAGCAUCAAUAGUGCUAACAAGUUUACUGGCAAGAACCAGGAGAUCAUUCGCAACAAACUGCACUUCCCCAUGGACAUCCACACCUUGCACCCCCAGCGCCAGCCUGCAGGGAAAAACCGCUGUGGAGACAACAACGGAGGCUGUACCCACCUGUGUCUGCCCAGUGGACAGAACUACACCUGUGCCUGCCCCACUGGCUUCCGCAAGAUCAGCAGCCACGCCUGUGCCCAGAGUAAGUGGGUUUUCUUCUAUGUGUACGCGUACAUGUCGCGGUGGAGGUACAUGUAUUGGACGGACUGGGGUGCAAGCCCCAAGAUUGAACGCGCUGGCAUGGAUGCCUCAGGUCGUCAGGUCAUCAUCUCUUCUAAUCUGACGUGGCCUAAUGGAUUAGCCAUUGACUAUGGGUCCCAGCGGCUAUACUGGGCUGAUGCCGGCAUGAAGACGAUUGAAUUUGCUGGACUGGAUGGCAGCAAAAGGAAGGUACUGAUUGGAAGCCAGCUGCCCCACCCAUUUGGGCUGACCCUCUAUGGAGAGCGCAUCUAUUGGACUGACUGGCAGACCAAGAGUAUUCAGAGUGCCGACCGGCUGACAGGACUGGACCGGGAGACCCUGCAGGAGAACUUGGAAAACCUCAUGGACAUCCACGUCUUCCACCGCCGGCGACCCCCAGUGUCCACACCAUGCGCUAUGGAGAAUGGCGGCUGCAGCCACCUGUGUCUUCGGUCCCCAAAUCCAAGUGCCUUCAGCUGUACCUGCCCCACAGGCAUCAACCUGAUGCCUGAUGGCAAGACCUGUUCACCAGGCAUGAACAGUUUCCUCAUCUUCGCCAGGAGGAUAGACAUACGCAUGGUCUCCUUGGACAUCCCUUAUUUUGCCGACGUGGUGGUACCAAUCAACAUUACCAUGAAGAACACCAUUGCCAUUGGAGUGGAUCCCCAGGAAGGAAAAGUGUACUGGUCAGACAGCACGCUGCACAGGAUCAGCCGUGCCAAUCUGGAUGGCUCACAGCAUGAGGACAUCAUCACCACAGGGCUGCAGACCACAGAUGGGCUCGCAGUGGAUGCCAUUGGCCGGAAAGUGUACUGGACAGACACGGGAACCAACCGGAUUGAAGUGGGCAACCUGGACGGGUCCAUGCGGAAGGUGUUGGUGUGGCAGAACCUUGACAGCCCCCGUGCCAUUGUACUGUACCACGAGAUGGGGUUCAUGUACUGGACAGACUGGGGGGAGAAUGCCAAGUUAGAGCGGUCUGGAAUGGAUGGCUCAGACCGUACCGUGCUCAUCAGCAACAACCUAGGGUGGCCCAAUGGACUGACUGUGGACAAGGCCAGCUCCCAACUGCUCUGGGCUGAUGCCCACACGGAGCGAAUUGAGGCUGCUGAUCUGAAUGGUGCCAGUCGGCACACCCUGGUGUCACCUGUGCAGCACCCAUAUGGCCUCACCCUGCUCGACUCCUAUAUCUACUGGACUGACUGGCAGACCCGUAGCAUCCACCGUGCCGACAAGGGUACUGGCAGCAAUGUCAUCCUGGUGAGGUCCAACCUGCCAGGCCUCAUGGACAUCCAGGCUGUGGACAGGGCACAGCCACUGGGUUUUAACAAGUGCAGCUCGAGAAAUGGUGGCUGCUCUCACCUCUGCCUGCCUCGGCCCUCUGGCUUUUCCUGUGCCUGCCCCACUGGCAUCCAGCUGAAGGGAGAUGGGAAGACCUGUGACCCCUCUCCUGAGACCUACCUGCUCUUCUCCAGCCGCGGCUCCAUCCGGCGUAUCUCACUGGACACCAACGACCACACAGAUGUGCACGUGCCCGUUCCCGAGCUCAACAAUGUCAUCUCCCUGGAUUAUGACAGUGUGGAUGGAAAGGUCUAUUACACAGAUGUGUUCCUGGAUGUUAUCAGGCGAGCAGAUCUGAAUGGCAGCAACAUGGAGACGGUGAUCGGGCGUGGGCUGAAGACCACCGAUGGGCUUGCAGUGGACUGGGUGGCCAGGAAUCUGUAUUGGACAGAUACAGGCCGAAAUACCAUUGAAGCAUCGAGGCUAGACGGUUCCUGCCGCAAAGUGCUGAUUAACAACAGCCUGGAUGAACCUCGGGCCAUUGCCGUUUUCCCCCGGAAGGGGUACCUCUUCUGGACAGACUGGGGCCACAUUGCCAAGAUUGAACGGGCGAACUUGGAUGGCUCUGAGCGGAAGGUCCUCAUCAACAUAGACCUGGGUUGGCCCAAUGGCCUUACCCUGGACUAUGAUACCCGCAGGAUCUACUGGGUGGAUGCCCAUCUGGACCGGAUUGAGAGCGCCGACCUCAGUGGGAAGCUCCGGCAGGUCUUGGUCAGCCACGUGUCGCACCCCUUUGCUCUCACUCAGCAGGACAGGUGGAUCUACUGGACAGACUGGCAGACCAAGUCAAUCCAGCGUGUUGACAAGUACUCAGGCCGGAACAAGGAGACGGUGUUGGCGAAUGUGGAGGGACUCAUGGAUAUCAUCGUGGUUUCCCCUCAGCGGCAGACAGGGACCAAUGCCUGUGGUGUGAACAACGGCGGCUGUACCCACCUGUGCUUUGCUAGAGCCUCAGACUUUGUAUGUGCCUGUCCUGACGAGCCUGAUGGCCGGCCCUGCUCCCUUGUACCUGGCCUGGUGCCCCCAGCUCCCAGGGCUACCAGCGUAAGUGAAAGGAGCCCCGUGCUACCCAACACGCUACCAACCACCUUGCAUUCUUCUACCAGCUGGACCCGCACAUCUCUAGAGGAGGUGGAAAGGAGAUGCUCUGAAAAGGAUGCCCGGCUGGGCCUCUGCACGUAUUCCAAUGAGGCCGUACCUGCUGCUUCAGGGGAAGGACUUCAUGUCAGCUAUGUCAUCGGUGGACUCCUCAGCAUUCUGCUUAUUCUGGUGGUGAUCGCAGCUUUGAUGCUGUACAGACACAAAAAAUCCAAGUUAACUGAUCCUGCGAUGGGGAACCUGACCUACAGCAACCCUUCCUACCGAACUUCCACUCAGGAAGUGAAAAUUGAAGCAAUCCCCAAACCAGCCAUGUACAAUCAACUGUGCUAUAAGAAAGAGGGUGGACCUGACCAUAACUACACCAAGGAGAAGGUCAAGAUUGUAGAGGGGAUCUGCCUCCUGUCUGGGGACGAUGCUGAGUGGGAUGACCUCAAGCAACUGCGCAGCUCCCGAGGGGGCCUCCUUCGGGAUCAUGUAUGCAUGAAGACAGACACCGUGUCCAUCCAGGCCAGCUCUGGCUCCCUGGAUGACAUGGAGACGGAGCAGCUGUUGCAGGAAGAGCAGUCUGAGUGCAGCAGCGUCCAUACCGCAGCCACUCCUGAAAGACGGGGCUCCCUGCCAGACACAGGCUGGAGACACGAACGCAAGCUCUCCUCAGAGAGCCAAGUCUAA